GAACGAAUCUUCGCGGAAAAGAGAUAUCAACUAUUUAUAGUUUAUCGACGCCGAGUAAUUAACUAUUUAUUUUGGCUAUUUAAGGUGAUCAAUAUUAUGAGAAAAUGACUCCUCUCAAUUUCAGACAUUAACUGUCAACUUGCGAUCGAUAAUUCGUCCCUUUUAAUUGCCUUCUACCGCCGAUCUGUUCCUGCUCACGCCAUGGAUUCUUCUUCACUAAAGGGUUUUCAGCUCGGGAAGCUUAUGUUGAGCUCAGGUCUCUUACACAGCUCAUGGAGUAAGAUCUCUGAGAUACACAAAUCAAGCUAUCCGAAUAAAGAUUCAGCUUUGGGAAUCAAGAUUUAUGAAGAAGCUAGAUUCACCUUUGUGGUUUUCGCUGCACCACCGAUUCGCAGAAAUUGCUCUUUAAACUCUGCUUCGACUCUUCUUUCCGGGACACCAAAUCAAAAUCCGUUUCACUUCCUCUGUUCCGAGAAGAUCUCAUCAUUCUCUCUUCACACACCUGCGUUUCAGCUUUUUGUCUCUGCCUAUAAGGAAAAUCUCCUUCACCUCAAAUCAAAGUUGCUCGAGUCAAAGAAACCGGUGAUCAUCACCGGAGCUGCGUUAGGAGGAUCCGCCGCAUCUCUCUUCACGCUAUGGCUUCUAGAAACUAUCAAGCCAAAACGACCACGCCCCUUGUGCAUCACGUUUGGAUCUCCCUUAAUCGGAGACGCUUCAUUGCAACAGAUUCUUGAGAAUUCCUUGAGGAACUCAUGUUUCUUCCACGUGGCUGAUGCUUCACAAAACCCCAUCACGGCGGGUUUCUUGAAGCCUUUUGGAACGUUCUUGAUCUGUUUUGAAUCUGAAUGUAUCUGCAUUCAAGACCACGAGGCGGUCUUGGAAUUGCUAAUCGGUGUUGACAAGGAUCUAGUAGGCUGGAGAGACUACGGAGAAGUUCUUGAUCGUCUGGAUCAACCAGUGUUAUCAUCGGCGGAUUCAAAACUGAUGAAGAUUGAUGAUGUUAUCAGUCGAAUGGAAGAACGUGCAGGGGAGAAGAAGCAGCGUUUUGAUCAGCUUAAGAAACUAAACGACAUUAAACUAUCAAUGGUGUAUCUAGAGUGGUACAAAAAGAAAAGCAAGAGGGACAAGAUUGGUUACUACGACCGGUUCAAGACACAUAUCGCGUCUUAUGUUUCACCAGUCGAUAUGGAUGUUGAGAAGCGGAAAAGAGAGCUAAACGAUUACUGGAAAUCAUUGGUUGAAGAAGUGGAGAAGAAGCCUCAGAGUGAGAAAUCGGUUCUCAAGACGCGGUCUCUCUUCUCAGGGAACAAUUAUAGACGGAUGCUCGAACCGCUAGACAUUGCUGAGUAUUACCUUAGUGGUAAGAAGGAGUAUCGAACCAAGGGAAGGUCUCGUCACUAUGUUAUGCUCGAGAAGUGGUUCAAGGCGGAAAUGAUAGAACCGGUUAGAUGCGAAAGUAGAGAUCUGAGUGAUCUUUUGACGUUUGAUUCUUGUUUUUGGGCUGAAGUUGAGGAAGCGUUGAUUGUAAUCAAUGAGCUGAAAACACAAGUGGUGAUGAGAGACGACGAGAGAGAGGUGUUGUUGGAAAAACUCGUGAGGUUUGAGGGAUACGUGUGGGAGAUGAUCAGAAAACGUGAGGUUUCACCGGAGAUUUUCUUGGAGAAGAGCAGUUUCAUGAAGUGGUGGAAAGAGUACAAAGGCUUUAGGUCUUCACCUUCAGGAUUCACUGAGUUUAUGAACACUAGGAUGUACGAGACUUAUGGUCAGGUCUCCUGAAGAUGAAUGAUUUAACGGUUACACUGCAUUUUGAGUCGAUGAUUGAUUAAUAUUUUUAUUUACAAGAAAUUAUUAGUUUU